AAAUUCUUCUCUAGUCUUCUUUGGAUCAGCUGUUGUUCAUCCUCCGGAGUGAAGGCUCCUAAGGAGAUUCUUCAUUUCGUUAAUUCGGUUUUCACAAAAGUUACAAAAAAUCAUCCGUCAUAAAAUAAACAAUAAACAAUGGCCGUCGUAGCUCGAGCUUCGGUCGUUUCGACAAAUUGUCUUCGAGCGACUCAGCGGCUAGAAUCAAAGAAUGGUGGCAGUUUUUCAGUGGUGCUAUUCUCCACAAAUAAUCGCAAGUAUUCGAGCAAUCCAUCUCCACACGUAAUCGAAGCUCCGAGCACUGUGAGCUUGAAAAGAGGAACCGGGGGUCGGAGCUCUUUUAACGGAAUAACAUGCACAGUUUUCGGAGCUACCGGUUUUUUGGGCACAUACGUGUGCAAUCGGUUAGGCAAGAUCGGAACCCAGAUGAUUCUCCCACACAGAUGUGAUCCAUAUUACACUUUGAGGCUGAAAUUAUGUGGAGAUUUGGGCCAAGUUCUAUUUCAUCCUUUCCAUUUACGAGACGAAGAUUCCAUCAUGGAGUGCAUCAAAUACUCGAACGUUGUUAUUAAUAUGAUCGGAUGUGAGUGGGAAACAAGAAACUUCAGUUAUCACGACGUAAACGUUGAAGGAGCCAGACGUCUUGCGAGGCUCUGUAAAAAAGCGAAUGUUCCACGAUUCGUUCACUUAUCGUGUCUCAAUGCCAAUCCAAAACCAAAACCGAUCAUGCUAAAAAAUGGUUCAGGAUAUUUGAAGUCCAAAUGGGAAGGUGAAUGCGCCGUGAGGGAAGAAUUUCCAGAAGCAACUAUAAUCAGGCCUGCAGAUAUUUAUGGCCAGGAAGAUCGCUCCUUCAUUAAUGUUUACUGUGAUGCGUGGCGUCGUCACUUUAGGGGUAUUCCACUGUGGAACAAGGGAGAAACGACUGAGAAACAGCCAAUAUGGGCUGGCGAUGUUGCUGCAGGAAUCGCUGCUGUUGUCAAGGACCCGAAAACUGCUGGACAGAUUUAUCAAUUUGUCGGACCCAAGCGAUAUCAGCUCUCCGAGUUGAUUGAUUGGAUCGCCAGAAUGCAGAGGCGUGAAUCCGUUGAAUGGGGCCAUCGCCGGCUGGAGUUAAAGCACACACCCUUGUUCCACUUCAAGAUCUUUGUCACUCAGGCUUGUAGAACCAAAGCUCCAUUUGCGUCUCUUCAUUGGGAAUGCCUAGAAUCGGCACACACAAGCGAUGUAGUCGUAAAGGGUAUUCCAACUCUUGAAGAUUUGGGUAUCCAGCCAACAGCGAUGGAAUCCAGAAUGCCCUGGGAAGUUCGGGCCCGGAAGUCCGAAGCUCAUUACAUGGAACAACUUGGAGAGUUUGAUGAGCCAGCACUUCCAAAGACGAUUCCUCUCAUGCAAUGAAUCGGUCACAAUUGUAUCGUUUGUGUCGAAAAUUGUCGACUUGGCGUAACUAGCCGAUGAAUGUCGAUAAUAGUAAUAAACAGUCGUUAAUAAUUUUUUGUAAA